AUUGAUUUGAUGGGCUUGGCAAAGUCCGUCCCCCAGGAGACAAACUGAUCAAGCACAGACUUUGCCCUGCACAACUCACAACAGGAAGCAGAGUGAUACUAAAAAGUGUGUCUAUAGGUUUGUUGAAAGACACAAUAUGAACACAGAGCAGUCUCCCCCUCCGUACAACCCCUAUUACCCUCCGCAACAUCCUAAUGCAACGCAGUUCAAUGCUGGGCAACCCACCGCUGGCAUGAUGCCCCCCGUUGUUGAACAAGUCAACAUGGGGAUUCCAGACAGCGCUCCCCCAGAGUACACCCUGGGCUUUGAGAAUGAGAACUGCUUUUCAGAUGCAACCAUAAGAAGAGGUUUCAUAAGAAAAGUGUACCUGACACUUAUGGUUCAACUAUUAAUAACUGUUGGAAUCAUCUGUGCUUUUCUUUUUUGGGAGACACUCAGGGACUGGGUAAAAGGCACAUACUGGUUUACCUAUACUAUGAUCGGUGUAACAUUUGCUUUAAUCAUUGUGCUCAUCUGUUGUGGUGACAUCCGUCGGAAAGUUCCUUUAAACUUCAUCUUCCUAGGGAUCUUUACAAUUGCAGAAGGCCUUCUCCUUGGAUCAGUUGUAGUGUACUAUUCGGCCGAUGCAGUGCUCUGGGCAGUGGGUGCAACUGCUUUGGUGUCUCUUGCACUGAGUUUGUUUUCAUUGCAAUCUAAAUGGGAUUUCACAGCUGCUUCAGGAAGCAUAUGGGCAAUCAGCUGGACGCUGUUUUCAUUUGCAUUGCUUUGUGCAAUUCUGAGAUCGCAGUAUUUGUACAUCUUUUAUGCAUCGUUGGGAACUUUGGUCUUCUCUGUGUACCUGGUGAUGGACACACAGCUCAUACUGGGUGGAAAGCACAAAUACAGCAUCAAUCCAGAAGAGUACAUCUUUGCUGCUCUGAACUUGUACCUUGAUAUUAUCACAAUUUUCUUAUUAUUGCUUCAAUUAAUUGGACUUUGUCGUUGAUGUGGUUUAUGAUCAUCAUGAUUUCUGACCCACUCGUCACCUGUCUCACAUAUCUUUUUGAGACACAAUAUUACCCUCUUUUUCUUCUUUCUUUUUUAACAUGACUCCAUUGUGUCUCUGUACCAAAUUUAAAACAGUAAAUCGGUAAAAUAUCAAACAGUUUAAUAAUAAAAUAGCUAUUAAGUAAAAUAGCUAUUGCAUAGUUGCGAGUUGUUUUACAAGUAAAUGAAGGGCAAAAAAUAUUCCCCAUUUUUUAUAAACUUGACUCCAUUGUGUCUGUAACAUGUUGUAUUAAAUGUUCACUGUCAUGCCACUGUACUUUAAGUUAAAUUCAUUAAAGUGGUGUCUCCAUUUUA